AUGAAGAGCGGACCGGGGGAUGUGCUGAAGCAAGAAGAAGAAGACGCCAUGGACAGCAGCGCGCCAGAAGACAGCUGCUUCGAAAAGGAAAAGUUGAUCAACCAGAGUACGAAGGUGCGUCCGUUAUUCUGAUGGCAGUGUAGGGGGUAUACGACGAUACGAAAAGGUGGCUAUGUGAUCCAUGGGCUUGGUGAGGCAGCCCAAGCUUGUUGUGGACUCCCGAUGGCACACCCAUUACCAGAGCUAGAUACCAACUAUCCCAAGAAGGGCAGCUCCUUUCCCUGUCGCUAACGCAAAGGUAUCUCUCUUUGUCUCGUUGCUGUCAAAGAGCAAGUCCAAGAAACGCGCUAGAGCGUCGGCGAGCCCCAAGAAGAUGACUGCGCCAAGCUCAGAAGACGAGGAGAUGGACGAGGCACAAUGUGCGUCGCCAUUGGCGUCAUCGAGACGCACUGCAAAGGUGCGUCGCAAGACUGGAGCUGUUGAUGAACGAUGCAAUGUCCUCAGGCAAGAGGCUAAAUGUGGCGCGACUCCCGCAAGUCACAUCGUUGAUGAUGCGACGAUAUGAUAGGCAACGCAGCUUGUGGUUGAUUGUUGCGACAGUUGCGCUUGAUGCUGAUCCAGCAGUUCUCCCACCCACCCCAAUCUCUUCGCAGAGCACUCCAAAGAGAACUACUUCUGCACGACUCUCGACAGGUCAGACCAGUCCAAAGAAGAGGCAUGUUCCCAAGGAAGAGGUCGAUGAAGAGACGAAUGGAGCGAACUCUCCCAACAAAAAGCGUCCACAGACGGGCCAAGCAGCAAGUGUCUGGACCGUGAGUAGCCCAGCGACCUGAUCUGCACGCCUAACGACGUACCGCGCGUUUACGCUCUCUGGUCUACGUAUGCGCUCAUGCAGGCGGAGCAACGCAAAGACAUGGUCAUGAGCAUGUGCGACCUUGGUUAUCCUGCCAUGGACUGGGCUGCUGUCGGCGAAAGGUGCGGCGGACGCACAGGGGUGCAAGCUAGAGACUACUGGCGAAAGGUGAUGAAGCCAAAGCUAGCUAAUGUGAGCUAAAAUACGAUGAGGUGACACUGUGGAAAGUACUCGCAACAAAGCUGUCGCACGUUACUGAUCCGCAUGUAUCGGUAUCCGCAGAUGCUAGAGCAAAGCUGA